CGAUUCCAGGAGAAAAAAAGGUUGAGUAUUUUCUGGUGACACAUCCGGGUUAUUAAAAUCAUUUUAGACCAAUUCAUUACUUUUACUGACAAGAGAUUUUUUUAAAAAUCAAUUAAGUAUUUGCAUAUUCUUUUGCAUACAUUAGCCCUGGCUAUUGGCAUUAGAAAGGGACAAACACACACACACACACACACACACACAAAGGGAUAUGAGCCUUGAUUUAGUUUGGGGUUUUCACAUUGCCUUGAGGAAAAAAAAAUCAAAGUGAAAUGAAUUGCCUGAUUGCAUACCAUCUAAAAGUCAAUUUAUAUGAGUGAAAGGAAGCAAACAUGUUGCAACUUUUAAUCCCUAAAACAACAACAACACUCACACACACAAACCCUGCAGUUCGAAGAGGAGGGGAGGGAAUGACCCUCAUUUUCCUUCCCUUUGCUCUCCAAAUCCUGAAUUGGUUCUCCCAUUUAUUUUUCCCCCUUGGAAAAACCAGAGAGGGGUGAGAUUUUAAUGCAGCAGAGAAUCUGUGGAGCCGCUGAGCUCUCUCAGCCGGCAGCUUGUUACUGGGGAGGGGAGGAAUAUGGGUUAUCCAACGGUCAGUAUGGUAAUCCAGGCACAAUAAGGCCUCACACACAAUGGACACAUAUUUUUCUUCAGCGAUGUCAGAAGGGAAGCGCUUUGUACUGAAACAUGUUUCCGAAAGAAAAACCAAAUUGAGAUUUAGAAAGGAGAUGGGCUGGAGGGACAAUGUGCAGAGAGCAUUUGGAUGCUGGCAAAAGGUAGUCAGAAAAAAAUAAAAAUAAAUAAAACUGGGGCAAAGCAAGGUGGAGGGCAGGGCAGAGGUGCGAGUCCCUGGGCUAGCAAGGCCGGAGGCAGGAGGGUGAAGCACAAAAGAAGACAGGACCAGAUACAAGGAUUCAUCACAGAUGAGAGCUGCUUUAGUACCCCCACCCCCUCCCAAUCAAGCCAUUGCUAAGUGCAAAAGCCCUUCGAAAGGAUCUUGUUUCUGGGCUUGUAGUAAUAUGCAGGUGAAAAUGUUUUUAUGUGUGUGUGUGGUAUUUUACCCAUGUGAUAGGCGACUUCCUUGCUAUUAAGCUAUAGGAGCCCAAAGGGAGUGGUUGUUGUUGUUUUGUAAAUGAUGUAGAUGAGUGUGGACACGUUUGGGGGAAUCUUGGAGAUUUCACUUUCUGGAUGUGCAUGUUGAUUGAAUUAGCUGCACAAACCUGGAAUGAGAACUCUACAUAUUUAUAGCUGCAUAAAGAGACAUUUAAUAUAUUAAUAUUAAUAGUGUGCAUGCAUAUAUGUUAACCAUAAUAAUCAAAUACAGAUUUGACAUUCAGUUGGAGGCAUCUGAACCCCGUGUCUACUACUUAUACUGGCCCAAAGUCAGUCUCCUUGACCCACCUGCAGAAGCUCAGAAACCUGGCAGGGGUGGGGUGUGACAGGCAACAUAUUGGAGAGGACUCUUUAACAAGUCCAGGAGGGCGAAGAUUGAAGAAAAGAGGUUUAGGGUCCGGCAGGGGUGGUAGAAGGUGAGUGUGAGGGCUGAGAGAGGGAGAGCCAGGCUGACAGCCGGCCUUUCCAGGUGAGGCAGCUGUAUCCAGGUACAGGCCUAGAAGGGGACUGGGAGUGGGGCCUGGAAGGUUUCCUCCCUCUUCAUCAACCUUCUCCAAACCCUCCCAAAGUUCGCUGAGUUUUAGACCUCCCCGUGGAGCCAUCUGGGACUACAGUUCAGACUUACUUACUGGGGAUGCAGCACUGGUUUCCCUUUGCCCUCUUCCAGCAAUUUAUAAUGAACCCACCCCCACCACCAAUGAUUAAAAUAAGAAAGCCCUCACACAACCCAGUCCACUAUUCACCAAGCGGCAGCCUCCCUCCACCCCCUCACUCAUACUCUCAAGUUCCUCUUCCGACUAAACCAGCCGGUCCUCACAUGCAGAGGGUUCCGGACAAGAGUGGGCGAGGUUCUCAUCCAACUCUGAGAAUUUGGCAAUCUCCAUAAGAGGUGGUCAGCCUCUGGGGAACUCCUGUUUCUUCACCUGCUCCGGUGACAGUGGGGGUAGGCACUGUCCUCUUGGAGAGUAUUCAGGGACCCCCUACGCAGCAGCUCCUCCCGAGCUAAGCCCGGGCCCUGCAGAGCCUGGGAUGGGAGUGGGGGGUGUAAGCAUUGAAAGAGGGAAGGCAGCCAGGGCCCAGGCGGGAAUCCGCAUCCUUUGGGCAUGGCCUGUGGUCCAGCUUCCUUCUCAUUCCAGACCUCUGGGGAAGCCCUAAUUUGGAAGUGGGGACCCUCUCCAACAUCCCAAAGGUGAUGAGAAAAGGAUGGGAAUCUCUUGCCUUCGGUCUCCCUCUCACAAGGGCUUUAUUAUUAUUUUUCCCUUUCCCCUCCUCAUUCCCUUAAUUGCAGAUGUUCUAAUUAAACCCUCAAAUAGUUGUUAUGCCGUUUUAAAAGGUACUUAUUCAAGUGUCAACCAGGCUGGGCUGGGAGGAGGCAGCGUAGGGCGGCGAAUUAAAGGUAGAUUGACUAAUCACGGCGACGAUCAUAAUAAUAAAAUCAGAGGGAAAAAAAUCACAUUACGACUUUUCGUGGAAAGGAGGGAGCAGGCAGCCAGCGGCCGCCAGCCCCGCGCCGCCGCCGACACAAAGAGUGCGGGCGAUUCCGCGAGACUGAUUUAUGACGUUUUACAGCCCUAUAAAAGCUGUAGCGACGAGGCAAGCGCUCCUACCACCGCUGGCAGAUUUAGUCUAAUAAAUAAAACAUAAACAGUUAACUUUAUGUGUCACUUUUAUUGUUAUCAAGUAAAAUAUAGCCGAGCUCCGGCAAGCUAUGAUUUUAAACUAUAAUUGUUAUCAAGUACAACAAGGGGACCCGGCUCCCUCCCUGGGCUCUCCCCUCCGCUACCCCCCCCAACUCUGAGUUAUGGGCGAUCAGUUAAUUGGAAUCGGUGGCAUGACAGGGCCACCCCUAGCUGGUGGGGAGGUAGGAAAGCAGCUCUUCCUGGCCCCCUCCCUCCUCUAUGGCCCUGCCACCCCUCUCCAUCAGAGUAUUACUGUGAGUGGGUGGCAGAGAGGGAAGGGGGUGUGAACCGGCUGGAGACCCCCAAGGCUGGCCCUGCCUCCCCAACUUGGUGAGCUUAGCCUUCCGUUUUUGGAAAGCAGCCUGGAGCUUGCCCUUAGGAAUUCGUGUUUACAUGUCAACACACGUGUUACAUGGAUACAGCUCCUAGCCAGAACGGGGGCUCAACCCCCAGACCUCCAGAAAUGACGUCAGAAUCAUUUGCAUCCCGCUGCCUCUACCUGCCUGGUCCAGCUGGGACCCUGCCUCGCCGACCCCAUGGCCAGAGGGUUGGUCCUCAUUCAACUUCCUCUUCCUGCGAAAGAGGGGCGCUGCCCGGUGACCUACGCAGACUGAGACGCGAUCGCCAUGAAUGGAGACCUCUGGAAAAGCUCAGGAGCCGAGGCCCACGGGGCCCAGCAGAGGCCUGAGGGGAGACCCAGGGCGAGGGCUGAAUCGCUGCCUUCCGACAGCCCCCCAAUGCCCCGGCUUUGGAGGGGAGCCGGGAGCUUUCUAUCUCCUUUAGCAGGGGAAGGUUGUCAGUCUGACGGGAUGUGCACUGGGAGCACCCCAGCCCCUGCCAGCUAACCCCACAUCACCACCCACCCCCCAGCACCACCACCACUACACACACACACAAAAAAAAUUGGAUACAUUUUGAAUAAAGCGAUUCGGUUCCUUAUCCGGGGACUGGGUUGCUCCGUGUGAUUGGCCGGCGGAGUCACAUGGUGAAAGUAACUUUACAGGGUCGCUAGCUAGUAGGAGGGCUUUAUGGAGCAGAAAAACGACAAAGCGAGAAAAAUUAUUUUCCACUCCAGAAAUUAAUGAUCAUGAGCUCGUAUUUGAUGGACUCUAACUACAUCGAUCCGAAAUUUCCUCCAUGCGAAGAAUAUUCGCAAAAUAGCUACAUCCCUGAACACAGUCCGGAAUAUUACGGCCGGACCAGGGAAUCGGGAUUCCAGCAUCACCACCAGGAGCUGUACCCACCACCGCCUCCGCGCCCUAGCUACCCUGAGCGCCAGUAUAGCUGCACCAGUCUCCAGGGGCCGGGCAAUUCGCGAGGCCACGGGCCGGCCCAGGCGGGCCACCACCACCCCGAGAAAUCACAGUCGCUUUGCGAGCCGGCGCCUCUCUCAGGCGCCUCCGCCUCCCCGUCCCCAGCCCCGCCAGCCUGCAGCCAGCCAGCCCCCGACCAUCCCUCCAGCGCCGCCAGCAAGCAACCCAUAGUCUACCCAUGGAUGAAAAAAAUUCACGUUAGCACGGUGAACCCCAAUUAUAACGGAGGGGAACCCAAGCGCUCGAGGACAGCCUACACUCGGCAGCAAGUCCUGGAAUUAGAGAAAGAGUUUCAUUACAACCGCUACCUGACCCGAAGGAGAAGGAUCGAGAUCGCCCACUCGCUGUGCCUCUCUGAGAGGCAGAUCAAAAUCUGGUUCCAAAACCGUCGCAUGAAAUGGAAGAAGGACCACCGACUCCCCAACACCAAAGUCAGGUCAGCGCCCCCGGCCGGCGCUGCGCCCAGCACCCUCUCGGCAGCUACCCCGGGCACUUCUGAAGACCACUCCCAGAGCGCCACGCCGCCGGAGCAGCAACGGGCAGAGGACAUUACCAGGUUAUAAAACAUAACUCACACCCCUGCCCCCACCCCGUGCUCCCACCCUCCCCUCACACACAAAUUGACUCUUAUUUAUAGAAUUUAAUAUAUAUAUAUAUAUAUAUAUAUAUAUAUAUUGGUUCUUUUCUCUCUUCCUCUCACCUUGUCCCUUGUCAGUUCCAAACAGACAAAACAGAUAAACAAACAAGCCCCCUGCCCUCCUCUCCCUUCCACUGUUAAGGACCCUUUUAAGCAUGUGAUGUUGUCUUAGCAUGGUACCUGCUGGGUGUUUUUUUUUAAGGCCAUUUGGGGGGGGUUAUUUAUUUUUUAAGAAAAAAAAAAGCUGCAAAAAUUAUAUAUUGCAAGGUGUGAUGGUCUGGUUUGGGUGAAUUUCAGGGGAAAUGAGGAAAAGAAAAAAGGAAAGAUUUUAAAGCCAAUUCUCCUCCUUCUCCUCCUCCUCCUUCCCCUCUCUUUCCUUAGGCCUUUUGCAUUGAAAAUGCACCAGGGGAGGUUAGUGAGGGGGAAGUCAUUUUAAGGAGAACAAAGCUAUGAAGUUCUUUUGUAUUAUUGGGGGGGAGAGGGGGCAAAGACAGCAGACAAAGCUAAAUGCAUCUGGAGAGCCUCUCAGAGCUGUUCAGUUUGAGGAGCCAAAAGAAAAUCAAAAUGAACUUUCAGUUCAAGAGGCAGUCUAUAGGUAGAAUCUCUCCCCACCCCCAUCAUGGUUAUUGUGUUUUUGGACUGAAUUUACUUGAUUAUUGUAAAACUUGCAAUAAAGAAUUUUAGUGUUGAUGUGAAACGCCCCGUGAUCAAUAAUAAACCAGUGGAUGUGAAUUAGUUUUA